GCCGGUGGUUUUCGUUGAACCGCUGCCAAUCCGGUAAAGAUGCACAUCUUGUCAACGGUGGCCCGAUCCAUCACGUCACGAGGCCUGGUACGCGCCGAACAGAUUCAAUCAAAUCAUGGCUUAUCUGUCCGGUUCUUCACGUGUUCCUGUUCCCUUUGUGGUGCAGAGGCAUCUCGGCAAUCAGAUGAGGGCGCGCCGCACUCCCGUUUGACGCUGUCUGGUGGUCCCCCCGUCAUCGUCGAGCACAGCAACGGAGCCAACCAAUCUAGAGCCUCUGAUCCUCAAGCGGCAUCAUAUAAACCACCGGAAAAGCCAGAGGCCUCGUCAGCCUGGGGCUCCUUUGGUAGCCAAAUCGCUAAAGCCAGGCCAAUUCCAAAGGUCGUCAAGAAGGACCCUACGCCGACAAGCGGUAAAGGGACCGCCUCUGGCUCGACACCAUCCUCAAAGAUGAAGACGACAACAGCAGCAGCGCCAACAAGAAAAGCUCAACGCAAAAGCGCGAAUCAGAGCCCGUCACCACCAGCAUCAGCGCAAUGGGGCGCCUUUCAUUCGCUACAGGUCCACGGCCCGGCCCCUGAUCCCAAUCCACCACCCAAGCCGAAGCCGCUGUUAAAGCCACUGGAGAAGCCGAGGGCAAGAGCUGGGGCGCCGGCACCGCGGUGGAAGCGUACUUCGCUUCCGGCACACGAGAGGGCUGGGAAAUGGGGCGGAUUUCAUCAGGAGCAGGGUGUGGCGGCUUCUGGGGAAGUUGAGGACGAGGAGUCUUUGGUUUCCCUCCCUGAAGGGGGUGAGAGGCUGGUUAUGGACGAUGAAUAUGGGCCGAGUCUUCUCGCCGACUUCGACCUCGACCCUGUCGUCGAGGGAAGUGUGAACUUGAGUCUGGAGACUUCAUUGUCCAGGGAUGUUGGCGAGAUGUCAGAGGAGGUUAAAGCACAAGAGACGGAAGCCAAGGCGAUGGAAAGCGAGAUGAAGAAGGCCGAUGGCCACCAAGCAUAUGCCUUGGACUCGGGGUCUCUUCAAGAAGACGGUCAACUGAACCGUCUUUCAACAGAACGUCCUGUCACAUCAAGCACACAACAUCAACCGAACGCAGCAUCUACUUCAAUCAACAAACGAGAAAAAGCAAGGGCCAGGGCGGCAACCAGCAUCAAAUCUCGGAGAGGCGGCCCCAAGAGGGCCGCGGGAACGGGAACUAGGAGCUGGGGACCAGUUUUCGAAGACGUUGAGAGGGACGAUCCUGAAAUCGCCAGGACGACAGGCAAUGAAGAGGAAGCAGAUGCACCUCCACCACCCGCUUGCCUUUCUCCUGGUCACGACGCUACUUCCGGUUCUAAAGUACACCCCGAACCAACACCAAAAACUCAUGAGGAAAUCCUGCCGCCGAUCUCAAACCCCCACGAACUCGAUGCCUCGCCAGCCAAAGUCACCCCGGCUCCCAAGGCCCGCGCUCGAUCCGGAUUCAUCACCCAGGCAGAAGCCGCCGCCCUCAUCGAUAGACUGUCGCGCGAGAGGGGAGUUCUGGUUAUGAAAGCACCCGGGCCCAACCCGAGCGAAGAAGACUUUGAAGACUCAUCAACAAAGAUACAGCCAGGCCGACACGAGCCAGCGGUUCAAGAGGAUAUGAUGAUAGUGUCCAGAGAGCAAGCAUUAGCCGCCAUGCUCCAGGAGCCUGUGGGGCCGUUGCCUUGGGACGUCAAUGAGCAUGAGCAUGCUGCCAUCGAGGAAGCGCAAACGUGUCAUUCACAGGACACCGUCCGCGCAGAGAAACGUCUCGCAGAAGAGCGCUACGCAAUACAACGUCUCACGGAACAACGCCGUAUAAAAGAAUACGUGGGAGAGCGUCGCGCAGAAGAACGCCGCAUAAAAGAGCAAGAACGCCGCACAGAAGAGCUUCACAUGAGAAAACUUUGCAAUGCAGAAAAGCGUGUGAAAGAACUCCGCGAAGAAGAACGUCGCGCUCACGAAAAAGCACGUCAAGCAGAUGAACGUCGCGCUGCAGAAUUUCGCAUACUAGAACGCCGUAUAAAAGAACUUGGCGCAGGAGGACCUAGCCCCGAAGAACGUCUCAUGGAAAGAUAUGCUAAUUUCCAGGCAAUGAAACAAAGUCACCCUUCUAAUAUAGCCAAGGAAGCCUUACGGGAUUUCGACUAUAUCCUAGAAGAACUGUCUACGGAAACAGUUGAACACCACAAUGAAGUGAAAUUUAUCCGGAAUUGGCUCUACUGGCUGAAAGUACUUGUUACACACGUGGAUGAAGGCAAUAUAGCCCCGGGGUUUUGUGACCUCUGUGAGCGUAAGACUCAUGAAAUCACAAGACACCAUGUCAUUCCGCGAACUCAACGUGAUCGCGACCGAUUCACCAUUGAAGAGAUGAACGAGUUGCUGCAACUUUGCCGACCCUGCCACAGAGCUUUACACAGAGCCAUUCCAAACAACGAAGUACUUGCUGUGGAAUUCAACUCUUUGGCGCGGAUUGCUGAACAUCCCCGGAUUCAAUCCUGGUUGAUAUUCGCGAAAGCGCAUUCUAUUCGGGACCUCCACGGUCUGAUGAGACCACAAAAUGCAGAUGGCCUAUAUAAGCUGGAAGGGGAUGAGCGCCAACUCCAUUUGCUCCGUAUUGAGCAAGUCGCCGCGCAAUUCGCAAGCCGGGGGCGAAAGGACUUUCGGGCUCUACGCGACUUCCUGAAGUUUCGGGUUCCCUAUCCCGUCACAGGAAGCGACUUAAGACAUGUUCUCACGAAUCAAAAAGAGGGGGAAAGCUGGAAAGGUCUUUUUCUCGAAAACUUUAAUGCCGGCCGCCAGAAAAGCGGUGACAUAGUGACUGAGACAGGCACUAGAAAACGUAAUAAACUACGCAGGAGACGGCGCAUCAGGUGAAGUCCGAUCAGCAAUUGAAGCUCUAUUCAAUUCCGCUGGUCUCCUCUUGGCUCAGCGUAGGUACACGAUCCCUGGACUCUACCUACCACUCCCGUCUCCUGGUAUCAAGGGCGGCCUCAUAUUUACAAGAAAACAAAUCUAUUGAUUCAUGCCCUUGAGUCUGGG